GUUCUACCUGCAGCGGUCCCUUUGUUCGACGUUGCCGGAGGGCCCUGCUGAUUGACGUACGCGCGCUGCCGCGGCGGCGUCGGAAGGCGCCGCGGCUGAGGGCUGACACAAACUCCCUUUUAUUGCCCUACUCGGCCCCCUCCCACUUCCACGGUUUCUAAACGUGUUCGCUUGAGUAGUCUUUAUUUCAUUUUGUCCUUCGAGCUCGAGCGACGCAAAAUAUUUCUUAUUCGUCGACACUUCUUUAUCUCAUCUUCAUUUCAGAUGCGUGAUAGUACAUCAUAUCAUAUAAAGUAAUAAUGUCGAAAUAUUUUGGUUGUAGCGAGAACAUGUUACAACUGGCAGGAGCAGCCACGGUUUACGAGCCAAAAAAGUAAUAUCUAUGGCGCAUAACGUGAAAAGGUCCUGGGGAGAACUUACAGAAAAUGAAUUUGAAAGGGUAGAAGUAUCUGGUACAUCAUCAAGAUCAAUCAAAGUUGAACAAGAAUUGCCAUCACUUGAAUUUUGUACAUUUUUUUCAGGAACACAACUGAAAAUUAAUAAAAUUAAUACACUCUCAAAUAUCAUCUCCAAGUGUGAAUUUUACAACAAAAUAGUGUAUAACAUAGAUUUUUCAGAUAUGUAA